CGCAGCUGCCCGCCGACGUGUCGUAUAAACACUACAUGUGAACACUGAUUUCUGAAGUGGCCUGGAGAGGAAAAGCACUGGUCAAGAGCAAGUGGACAAAUGCUUGGUGUUUUCCAAAGAUGUUACUGAAGUAGUCUUUGCUACUGCUUUCCUCUGCUCAAAGCUCUUCAUAACAUGGGCUGCAUGAAAUCAAAGCAAACUUUCCCAUUUCCCACCACACUUGACAGUGAGAAGAGGCAUGAGAGUGAAGAAAACUUUAUGCCUGAAGAGAGAUUUCUACCCAGGAUGCCUUCUCUAGUUACUAUCAAAGAGGAAGUGAACGAACCCCCAGGGCCUGAAAUUGUGGUCUGUGAAUUUGCACACCGCCUGUCCCAGGAAAUCUUGAGUGACGCCUUGUUGCAGUGGGCAGGCAACAACCUCAAGUACUGUGACAUCCCAUAUAUUGAGAGUGAGGGGCCUUGACACUUCUGUGUAGGAU